GGUUGAUACCCAAUCUGAUCACCCAUUGGUCCGUUAGCCACGUCCCCGUUCUAGAUCGGCGGCCAUAAUCGCCGAUUGGUUGCUGAAAGGAGCAGAGGAGGAAGGAAAUGGCGAUGCUUACAGCUUCCCGUCGAUUGACGAGCGGAUCGGCGCCGUCCGUUCGCUCGGAGUCGCUGCUUUGUGCGACGAGCUGGAGAUAUUUCUCGACUUCAUUCCGGGAGGAAAAGGACACUUUCGGCCCCAUUCAAGUUCCUUCCGAUAGAUUAUGGGGGGCGCAAACUCAAAGAUCGUUGCAGAACUUUGAGAUUGGCGGUGAUCGAGAAAGAAUGCCUGAACCUAUUAUACGUGCAUUCGGUGUUCUUAAGAAAUGUGCAGCCAAGGUGAAUAUGGAGUAUGGCCUUGAUCCAUCCAUUGGGAAGGCAAUAAUGCAAGCUGCACAAGAAGUUGCUGAGGGAAAGCUAAAUGAUCAUUUCCCUUUGGUGAUUUGGCAGACUGGUAGUGGCACACAAAGUAACAUGAAUGCCAAUGAGGUUAUAGCUAACAGAGCAGGUGAAAUUCUUGGUCGUAAACGAGGUGAAAAAGCUGUACACCCAAAUGACCAUGUGAACAGAUCACAAUCCUCAAACGACACAUUUCCUACUGUGAUGCAUAUCGCAGCAGCAGUGGAGAUUAAUAAGAGAUUAUUGCCAAACCUCAAACAAUUACAUACUUCACUACAUUCAAAGUCUGUUGAGUUCAAUGACAUUAUCAAAAUUGGGCGUACCCAUACUCAAGAUGCAACACCUCUUACACUUGGCCAAGAGUUUAGUGGAUAUGCCACUCAAGUGAAGAAUGGAAUCAGCAGAGUUUCUGGCACCCUUCCACGGAUGUAUCAGCUUGCACAAGGAGGUACUGCAGUUGGAACUGGAUUGAACACAAAAAAGGGGUUUGAUGUUAAAAUUGCUGCAGCGGUGGCUGAAGAAACCAAUUUACCAUUUGUUACAGCUGAAAACAAGUUUGAAGCAUUGGCUGCACAUGAUGCAUUUGUUGAAAGCAGUGGAGCAUUGAAUACAAUUGCUGCUUCCCUCAUGAAGAUUGCAAAUGAUAUACGUUUUCUAGGAAGUGGUCCACGCUGUGGUCUAGGUGAACUCAUUCUUCCCGAGAAUGAACCCGGAAGCAGUAUCAUGCCCGGGAAGGUGAAUCCUACACAGUGCGAGGCUCUCACAAUGGUUUGUGCUCAGGUUAUUGGAAAUCAUGUAGGCCUCUCAGUGGGUGGAUCUAAUGGCCAUUUUGAGCUGAAUGUGUUCAAGCCUAUGAUCGCCAAUUCUCUCCUACAGUCUGUGAGAUUGCUUGGAGAUGCAUCUGCUUCUUUUGAAAAGAACUGUGUGAGGGGGAUUCAGGCCAAUAGGGAGAGGAUUUCUAAACUACUACACGAGUCACUCAUGCUUGUCACAUGUUUGAACCCGAAAAUUGGGUACGACAAUGCUGCUGCAGUUGCCAAAAAAGCACACAAGGAAGGAACUAGUCUAAAGGAAGCUGCUCUUAGUUUAGGAGUACUGAGCUCGGAAGAGUUUGAUCAACUUGUAGUUCCGGAAAAGAUGAUUGGGCCCGUCGACUAAUCUCAUUUUCUCGGAGAGAACCAUUGAUCCAUUUUUUUAUCCACUCAGAUUCUUUUCUUCCAUCAUUGAUCUGGUUUAAGGACUGCUCUUGAAGUGGCAAUUUUUUUUUUUUGGGGGGGGGGGAGGAGAGAUGUUCCCAUGAAUAAAUGUCUUGUUUUUAUGAUUAAAUCGGUGAGCUUUUUCCAUUCGAGAAUGGGCUGAAAUGAUAUAUUGAAACUCUUGUUAGUCUUAUACGGAGCAAUUGCAUCAAGAAAUGGCUCUAAAAAAAACUAUGUAAAAAGUUUAUAGAAUGAUAAAAAAUAGAGUUAUGAAAU